AUGGUGUGCCUGCAUCAAAGGAGUGCUGUGCUCUAUAAGCAAAGCAGAAUUACAGAAGAUCCAGAGAAAUGUGAGCACCUAGAACAAGAGAAGCACGAGUUACGAAGACGAUUUGAGAACCGGGAAGGCGAGUGGGAAGGCCGAGUAUCAGAGCUGGAGAGCGAUGUGAGACAGCUGCAGGUCGAGCUGGAGAAGCAACAGGUUCACCUUCGAGAAGCCGACAGAGAGAAGACGAGGGCAGUCCAGGAACUCUCCGAACAGAACCAAAGACUCUUGGACCAGCUCAGUAGGGCGUCAGAAGUAGAGCGACAGCUCUCCAUGCAAGUCCAUGCCCUCCGAGAGGACUUCAGGGAGAAGAAUUCCUCGUCCAACCAACACAUCAUCCGGCUGGAGAGCCUUCAGGCUGAAAUCAAGAUGCUGUCAGAUCGGAAGCGGGAGCUGGAGCAUCGCCUCAGUGCCACCAUGGAGGAGAAUGAUCUACUCCAAGGGACGGUGGAAGAGCUGCAGGAUCGAGUCCUCAUCCUGGAGAGGCAAAGCCACGACAAGGACCUCCAGUGGCCCUUGGAAUAA